GAGGCAUGAAGGGAGGGGGCCUGACGUCACGAAGUAUCCCGGACGAGGGCGGAAGAAUCAAACCAGCCAAACGAGGCGAAGAAGAAAAAGAAUAAACCAGUCCGUCAUUGGUCAAUGGAUUCCGCUUCGGCGCGUCUGAUUGGAUGCUCAGGAUCCCUUGGAGGCGGGGAAAUUGUAAUUUUUUUCUACCUCAGCGACAGAGGGAAGAAAUGCAAAGGGCCAUAUCGGGAUUGGAUAGGACGCCGCGCCACUUCUUCGCGGGGAUUGGCUGCGGCGCUGAGACGGACGCGUUCCAUUCCCCGCCCCGCCGCCGGAGCCUUUGAGCCGUCGCGUGAGCCUAGAGGAGGGCUGCUGCGGACCCCGCUGCCGUCGCCAUGAACAUUCGAAAUGCGCGGCCCGAGGACCUGAUGAAUAUGCAGCACUGCAACCUGCUCUGUCUGCCGGAGAACUACCAGAUGAAAUACUACUUCUAUCAUGGACUCUCCUGGCCACAGCUCUCGUACAUCGCAGAAGAUGAGAACGGCAAGAUUGUGGGCUACGUGCUGGCUAAAAUGGAAGAAGACCCCGACGAUGUCCCCCAUGGACACAUCACGUCCCUGGCAGUCAAACGCUCCCACCGCCGCUUGGGUCUGGCCCAGAAGCUGAUGGACCAGGCCUCGCGAGCCAUGAUCGAGAACUUCAACGCCAAGUACGUCUCCUUGCACGUCCGUAAGAGUAACCGGGCCGCUCUCCACCUCUAUUCCAACACUCUCAAUUUCCAGAUCAGCGAAGUGGAGCCGAAAUACUACGCUGACGGGGAGGACGCUUACGCCAUGAAGCGCGACCUGACCCAGAUGGCUGAGGAGCUGAGAAGGCAGCUGGAGCUGAAGGAGAAGAGCAAGCAUUCGGUGCUGGGCUCCAUCGAGAAUAAGGGCAGCGACCAUAAGACCAACCAUGUGAGCGACUGCUGCAGGGACGAGAAGUGCCCAGGGGCCAUGGUGGGCGGUGGGCCCGGGGCGGAAGACAGCGGCGACAGCAAGGACGUCAGCGAAGUCAGCGAGGCGACGGAGAGCACGGACGUCAAGGACAGCUCAGAGGCCUCCGACUCCGCCUCGUAGCCGGGGGUGGCAACCGGGGGUUCCGUGUCUGCCAGGGGGUGGUUUUCUGCAGUUGGGUAGCGGGCCAGGCCCUGCCAAAAGGAUUGGAAUAAAGCUUACAGAACCAGAA